CACAACUCAAUUUCGGCAAAGUUUCGUUUAAAAUUUGUAAAAAAGCAACAAACAGAAAAAACAAAAUAAUCAAAACAAAAAAAUUGGUAUUGUGCGGGAAGAAAAGAGAAAAACCCAGAAAGUAACUCAAUAUGCAUGUGCUGCGCUGCCUGCAAGCAUGUCUCAAGGAGUUUUUCUAUCGCCAUUAUCCUUAUAUAUCCCUGUGCAGCUGUCUGAUGGCCUUGAUUACGGCUUAUCUGCACUACGAGUGGAAGGUGCACAGCUACGAUCUGAUGUCCUGGCAACGUCUCGUUGCCUCCUGCUGCUCCUUCACAGACCUGGACGUCUUUCAGUUCUCCGUCCUGGUGAUCAUUUUGCUGAUUAACAUCAUCUUUGUCCGUCUCAUCAUUGCCGCCUAUGCGCGUCCUUUGAGUCCACGCGACUCGGAGCUGACGUUGCUCGAGAUCAAGGAUCGUUAUGCGAGAUUCAUUCUGUUGCGGCUCGUUGCACGGCUGGAUCGCAUUCAGGGCAAGCUGGCUGCCAAGCGGAAGACGCUCAGUGUCCAGCAUUUUGCCCGUGCCCAUCAUAGUAUGGUGAAGGCGGUGGCCGUCUUUCGCAAGGAUGCCCGCAAACUGAUAUUGCCCAACGAGUCGGAGAUUAUGCAGCCCAUCGAGGACAUCUACGGGGUGGCGGAGGAUGAGGAGCGUGCCCUGCGGCACGAUGGCUACUUCAAGCUGCCCAUCGAUAUCACAGAUGCAAUCGUUAAGAGUCUAUUCACUGCACACUGAAGCCGAACGAUAACCGCACCGAUAACGAUAACGAUUGCAAUUCCGAUUUUGUUCAACGCACACAUAAAUAUAAUAGAAACUUCAAAAAGGAUUAAAUGCAACUCUAAUUUUGUACACUAAA